GUUAUGGAAAAUAGUGGAGACUGUAGUUGGAGAGAAUGAGAAACACAGUCCCCUACUGAAGACCACAUUCAGUGAUGUGGAGCAGACCUGUUCAGGUGCUGCAUUUUGCCAGUUGAUGAACAAAAUUCGUCCUGGAUCUAUCAACAUGUAUGAAGUAAGGUUGGAAGCAAAAGUGGAUACAGACAUCCUGAACAACUACAAGCUUCAACAAGGAGCAAAUUAAGAAAGAACAAGAGCUGAAAUUGUUGGUGAAUGGAGACAACCUGAAAACAUUAGAUUUGCUUACAUGGUUCAAAGUGUUUUAUAAUCACAAUUCUGUGGGGCAGAAGUACAAUCCUCAGGAGGGUUGUGGUGAACAGAAAGCAGGAUCAUUAAAGUCAAGCCCUGAGUUGGAAACGUAUGGAGAAACAUACUUCAAGACUCUACAGUGUCGCAGACACAAAAACUUCAUCCCAGAACAUGACAAAAGCUAAGGAGGAAAGAGAUGCUGAAUCCUUGUGUUCUUUCUCCUGCAGCCCAACCAUAGUGCAUUUCAUCAGAAAGUAUUGUCCAUCAACCUCAUCUGAUGCUGGCUCAAACAUUGCCAACAGCAUGGUCAGGCUAGUAUUAGGCAAGAGAUACCUAGAAAAUGUUGCAGAUGUUUGCAGUCAGACUCCAUAUUGCCUUUAUUUAUACCAUGGAGUGGAGCUCGAGGACAAGGAGGAUGCCUGUGUGAUCUUGCUGGGCUUCUUUGACAGAACUACUGGGGAAAACAAGAUCAGACUGAUUGAUGUCUUUCAACCAAAAGAAGAGACUGCUAAUGCCAUCUGUACCUGCAUUGUAGAGAUCCUUGAGAAGUUCAAAAUACCGUUAAUAAACAUGGCCAUAAUUUAUUCAAAUUUCCCAGAUCAUGAAAAUCUUCCCUCAGGUUUGAAGCGGUUUAAACCUGAUAUUGUGUCUUUAUGUGGACUUACAGAUAUAGCAGGAAAAGUGUGUCACAGUGGUGUCAUGGAAAUGGAGUUUUCAGGCCUGAUUGAGAAUCUCAUCACAGAGAUCUACAAACACUUUCCAUGUUUCCCAGAUGCUUUAAAAAGUGUGCUUGAAGAUGUUGAAGGGUCAAAAUUGAAUGAACUCUUAACAUCUCAGUGCUCUCUCUUCUGGAGAAUAAUCCAUAAAAUGACUACAGCUUGGUCGGACAUUGAGAAAUACUUUGGAUGUCAGGAGAACAGUAUCGAUAAACAAGCAAUCUGUCUUCUUAGGAAUCCUAAAGUAAGACUUAACUUCCUGUUUCUCAGUCAUGCUUUGCAGCCCCUUUGUGAUUUUCAGGAGAGUUUUGACCAAGGUGUCAGUGUCACACAGCUCCUCCAAGAUGCUUCUCAGUUACUGAAAGUCUACACAAAGAGCUUCCUCAGACCUGGAGCAGCAGAGUAUUUUCUUCGGAGAGGAAAGGCCUCGCUCGUGAAGGAAACAGUGGGACAUUUACCUAGAGGAGAGGUUGAAGUUGGCAGUGAAGCGGACAACUUUCUUCUGCAGAAUUCUGCGAAGCUGACCGACUACUUGGAGAGCUUCCAUAGGUCCAUCAUCUCCUUCUACACAACUGUUACUCUUAGUAUUGUCGCACGUUUACCCUUUCCAUACUCCACUCAGAGAAACUUGUCUUUAGUUUUGAGUCCGGGGAACAAGCUUGAGGUGACUGGCAAAGUAGUUCAAGAUUUAGGUGUCUGUUUUGGAGUUUGCUCAAGCCCUGAGAAAGUCAGCUUGCUGACAGAUGAGUUUUUGGAGUACCAGUUCAUUGAUGGGGGUGACACACACUCAGCUGACCAGUUGAUGGAGCAGUACUGGAAGAAUGAGCUGAGGAUUAUGGGAAGGACAUCCAGAUUUGGAAAAUUAAUCCUUAGCCUGUUGGCGCUGCCAAAAACUUUGAAAAAAGAGAUCAUUUUUGAGCAGCUGUUUCAGCACACUAACAACUUUAAGGAGGGAAAAAUAGAGGACCGUGAGGAGAAGGAUGUUGCAGAGGAUGAUGUCACAGACAGCAGCUCAUAUAAAAGUGCUCCAUCACAUUUUAGCCCAGAAACUCAGGGGAGCGUCCUAUCUGAUGUCACUGACCUGACAGAAGUGGAGGACGUGCCAAUGGACGCGCCAAUGGACGUGGACGACAUUGCACCAAUCUCUUGUGAAUCAGACACAGACAGCGAAAAUAAUACAAAAGAGGAUCACCCAUAUGUGUCCGUAGUCAUAGAUGAUGAUGAUGAUGGUGAUGAUGGUACCACUGAUGAUGAUGACGACGAGUACAACAAUAGUGAUGAUGAUGUCAUAUCGACUAAUACUGUAGAUCAAGAGAAAGAGAAAGGAAAUAUCUCCUCAACACAUAACAUAGAGAAAACAGACCAGGACGGUUUCACAGUUGGUGAGAUGGUUUGGGGGCAGAUUGAGGGCCUUGGUCUCUGGCCUGGACUGGUUCAGAGCUGGGACAGUGUGAGCCCCUGUGGCUCCAUGCGUAAAGUGGUUUUCUUUGGAAACAAGAUGGUGUCAGAGAUCCAUUCAGACAAUCUCCAGCCAUUUUCUUCAUUUGUCAAGUGCUUCUGUUCCAAUUCCUUUGCCACAGUAACUAUGUAUAAAGAAGCAAUCUUCAGCUCUCUGCAGGUGGCUUGCAAGCGCAGUAGAAUGUUUUUUUCUCCUGAGUCAGACUCUAAGGACGAGCUGCUAAGGGUUAUGUUGGAAUGGGCCUUUAGAGGUUUUGAACCGUCAGGUUCAGAUGGGCUUCGACCUCAAUCAAAAGGCAAAGCUGUUGUGCCACACUCAGUGAAUGGAACAACAGGCUCUGUCAACCACCCUCAAAAAUAUCAAGACAGUCCAGAAAAAUUAUUUCACUUAACUGUAUCUCUGAAUAAGCUCUCUGAAUCUCUGGACCUGAGCAAUGGCUCGAUAAACCUAAAAAAAACAGACGUUUACAGAAAAUUCAUGUAUCCUAAAUGGAAUCUGAGAUCCUUGCAGAAUGUGAAGAUCCUUAAUAGAAAAUAUGCACGCCGGAAAAUGAUUGAAAAUAUAGACCCAAGCAUGCAGAUCCAGUCAAGACAAAACAGCCAGACAAGACAUGAAAUGGUGGAUGGAGUAUUAAAAAAGAAGAAAGACAUUGAAGAUUUCUGUUUAUCAUGUGGGAGUGCACCUGUCGAAGUCCUCCACCCACUCUUUGAAGGCAGCCUGUGCUCCAAAUGCAAGUAUAAUUUCACUGAGACGCUGUACCGAUAUGAUGAAGAUGGAUAUCAGUCAUACUGCACUGUGUGCUGUUGUGGCAUGGAGGUUAUUCUGUGUGGCCAUGACAGCUGUUGUCGCUCCUACUGUGUGGACUGUCUGGAUAUCUUAGUAGGCGAGGGGACAUUUAACAAACUGAAAAAUGUGGACCCAUGGAUCUGUUACCUGUGUGCACCCGAGAACAGCCUUGGAGCCAUGAGGCCUAGACAAGACUGGAGUGUCCGUGUGCAGGAAUUCUUUGCCAACGAUAGUGCUAUGGAGUUUGAGCCCCAUCGUGUUUACCCCUCAAUCUCUGCCAACCUGCAACAUCCAAUCAGAGUCCUCUCCUUAUUUGAUGGUAUAGCCACAGGAUACCUCGUUCUGAAAGAUCUUGGCUUCAGAGUGGAAAAAUAUGUGGCCUCAGAGGUCGAUGAAGAGUCUAUUACCAUCUCCAUGGUCAACCACGAUGGAAAAAUCACUCAUGUGGAUGAUGUUCGAAGAAUAACCAAGUAUCAUAUUGAUAAGUGGGGCCCGUUUGAUUUACUCAUUGGUGGAAGUCCUUGCAAUGACUUGACCAUAGUCAAUCCUUCCCGGAAAGGCUUGUUUGAGGGCACUGGACGGCUCUUUUUCGAAUAUUAUCGGAUCCUGAAUAUUAUGAAGCCGAAGGAGGAAGACCCACGGCCAUUCUUCUGGCUGUUUGAGAAUGUUGUGACCAUGAGCAACAGUCAUAAAGCGGACAUUUGCCGCUUUCUAGAAUGUAACCCUGUCCUUGUUGAUGCUGUGAAAGUAAGCCCAGCUCACAGAGCAAGGUACUUCUGGGGGAACAUACCUGGCAUGAACAGACCAAUCAUACCUUCUCAGAAUGAUAAACUAUGUCUACAGGAUUGUCUGGAGGCCGGCCGCACAGCAAAUUAUGUUAAAGUUCGCACUAUCACCACACGCCCAAAAUCGCUGAAACAGGGAGCCAAUGACAAACAUUACCCUGUUACUAUGAGAGGAAAAGAUGACCACAUAUGGAUCACGGAAAUGGAGAAAAUCUUUGGAUUUCCAAAGCAUUACACGGAUGUGAAGAAUAUGGGCCGCAUGCAGAGGCAGAAAGUAUUGGGGAAGUCUUGGAGCGUCCCUGUCAUAAGACAUCUGUUGGCACCACUAAAGGAUUACUUCGCUUGUGAGGAAGUCCCCUUGAAAUGAACGGAAAUUUAAAAGACUCAGGGACAGGAGUUUAUUAACUAAACUUUUAUAACUAACUGGAGAAUUGUUGGUAAUAGUGGUUGUUGUGAAACCGAAGAAAGAUGUUUUCAUUUAAAUUGAAUGCUGUAUUAAAACACUGGUCACUUUUUUAACAUGUAAUUUUCUCAAAUUGUAAUUUAGUUACGAAUGGAUUAACGAAUUUAGAGAAUGUGGGAUUGAACACAAUGAAUAAACCGGAUAAAUGUGUGUUGUGCUCCGUAAAAUACCAGUAUAAUUGAUUAUUUGGAACAAUGUCUUGAUUUUGAACUGCAAUGAGUGUUGACCUAUCAUUUACAUUUUAUGGCAAUAACCACAUUCAUUAUACAGGUGCAUCUCAAUAAAUUAGAAUGUCGUGGAAAAGUUCAUUUAUUUCAGUAAUUCAACUCAAAUUGUGAAACUUGUGUAUUAAAUAAAUUCAAUGCACACAGA